AUGUUUCGCACUAUAAAAGGAAUUAAACUCCGCGACCCCCAGAGUUCCCACGUAUAUGUCAGGGUACAUAUACCAGCCUUCGAUGUUCUCAGUAAAACCCCAACUUCCUUCCUCUCUGCCCUCACCAACCGGCUCUUCACGCUCGUCGUUAUGUCCAGCAUCCUCCGCUCUGUUCCUAUGCGCGCGCUCACCGCAUCACGAUCAAUACGCACAUUACCAGCGGCCGCCCGCGCGUUCCACUCCCCCUUUGCCGUACUCGACACAUCACCUCUGACAUCAUCUCCCCCACCUGCCUCUUUCUACCAGAAGGAGGGCGACGAAGCCGUGUACGACGCAUUCAGCAACUCAAAAACAUAUGUUGUAUGCCAACCUGAUCCUUCGAAUACAUUCCAUGAAGUCCCCUCUGGCGCCUACCCCACUUCUGCACCCUACGUGAACUGGGAUGCCACCGAGGCUCCCGACGCCUCACAAUCGACUUCGUACAGCUCGACCAGUUCUACGCAAUAUGCACACCCUAUAACGCGAUCGGCGCUCCGCAAUCCUUCUGGCGUGGGGGAGAGUGCGGCUGUAAGGAAUGCGUCAGCACCUGGCAGCAUGGGAAUGCGGGGAGGAGGUUUCGGUGGGCUGGCGUUGAUGGACAAGGCUGGAACGCAGCCUGGGGACGGCGAGCUGGCUUCUAGGAAUCCGCAACCCGAUGGGAAAGUUGCCGAGAAGUUCUCCAAAUUGGGCGUAGAAGGUGCUUGGAAGGAGAGGAAGUAA